AUGCCUCCCAAGAAGAGCUCGGCUGCGGCACCGAAGAAGCCUGCGACGAAGACCUCGACGACCAAAACCGCAACCAAAACCUCGAUCGCAGGCCGAGGACGCCCCAAGAAGACCACGGCGAUCGAAACGACCAUGAAAACGGUGAAGGAACCCGCAAAGCCGCGUAAGACGAAGGCCACUACCACCGCGACCACCACCACUGCGAAGAAGCGCAAGGCCGAUGCCGUUGAGGAGAAGCCGCGCGAACUCAAAAAACCGCGUGUUGUUCAGCCUCGCCAGCUGAAGCCCAAGGUCGUCAUCAACGAGGCCCCGAAGACCAAGCUGAAUGUGUUCGUCUGUGGUGAAGGGAGCUCCGGUGAGCUUGGUCUGGGUACCGCUAAGAAUGUCAUCGACGUGAAGAGGCCGCGUCUCAACCAGCUCCUCUCUGCCGACUCGGUAGGAGUCGUGCAAGUUGCCGUGGGCGGUAUGCACUGUGUCGCGUUGACCCACGACAACAAAAUCUUCACUUGGGGCGUCAACGAUCAGGGUGCACUCGGCCGAAGCACUGCAUGGGAGGGUGGAUACAAGGACAUCGAUGACAACAGCGAUUCGGACUCGGAUGACGAAGACAGCGGAUUGAACCCACACGAGUCAACUCCCACCGCAAUCCCCGCGAACGCCUUCCCUGAGGGCACGGUUUUCGUCGAGGUUGCCGCUGCCGACAGCUCGAGCUUCGCUCUUACGGAUGAUGGCCAGGUCUAUGGCUGGGGUACCUUCCGGAGCAACGAUGGAAUUCUGGGGUUCGAUGCGACCCAUCUAGUUCAAAUGACCCCAAUUCUCAUUCCAUCUCUGAAGAAGAUCAAGCACCUGGUGUGCGGUUCUAACCACGUGCUUGCUCUCAACGACAAGGGCAGUGUCUUUUCCUGGGGCUCGGGACAGCAGAACCAGCUGGGCCGUCGCAUUGUGGAGCGCAACCGGUUGAACGGCUUGCAGCCGCGGGAGUUCGGACUUCCCAAGAACAUUGUGCACAUCGGCUGUGGUUCGUACCACUCCUUUGCGGUUCACGCGUCUGGAAAGGUUUACGCGUGGGGACUGAACAGCUUUGGUGGAACGGCUAUUCGUGAAGGAGCCGGCGACGAUGAAGCCGCCAUUGUGCACCCGACCGUUGUCGACUCCCUUUCAGGUCGCAACAUCUCCCAGCUGUGCGGUGGUUCCCAUCACUCCCUGGCCAUGACCACGGAUGGUCAGUGUUUGGUCUGGGGUCGCCUGGACGGUUACCAAAGCGGCCUGAAGAUUGACACCCUCUCUGACGAUGCCGUCAUCAAGGAUGAACGCGACCGCCCCCGAAUCCUGAUUGAACCCACUGCCAUUCCGGGUAUCAACGCCAAGGUCGUGUCUGCAGCCUCGGACCAUUCGCUGGUGAUCGAUGCCGAUGGUCGGGCCUGGUCAUGGGGCUUCUCUGCCACAUACCAAACCGGACAGGGCACCCAGGACGACAUUGAAGUUGCCACUAUCAUUGACAACACUGCUGUUCGUGGGAAGAAAUUGAACUGGGCUGGCGCGGGUGGCCAAUUCUCGGUCUUCACGGCACCUGCCGUGUGA